AUGGCAUCAAACAGUUCUCAAAUGAAUUAUUCAUCAAAAGUUGGUUCUGCUGCAAUGACAUCAACAUCAAAUCCAGUUAAAGAUGUUUUUGUUGAUGCUAUGGUUGUAUUAAAAAUUAUCAAACAUGCUCAUGAAGAAACCACUGAUGCUGCACAAGGUGGUCUUCUUGGUUUGGUUAAGGACUCUACACUUGAAAUAACGAAUUGUUUUCCAUUUCCAAAUCAAAAUAAACCAGAAAAUAUUGAUCUUGAUUUUGAACAAUAUCAAUCCGAUAUAAUCCGUAAUUUACGUCGAGUCAAUUCAGAUUAUUUACAAGUUGGUUUUUAUGAUAGUAGUUUCAAUCGAUCACUUGCACAAUCAAUGGUCCCUUAUCAAUUGUCCGGUGUUGAAGAAUCUAUCGCACUUGUUUAUGAUCAAGCAUUGGCUUUACAAGGUUAUAUUAGCUUAAAAGCAUUUCGUUUAACACCUGCUGCACUUGAACAUUUGAAGAAUGAAGAUUAUUUUUCACCAGAUAGUGCAAAACAAGCAAAUCUUAAUUUCGAGAAUUUAUUAGAAGAAUUACCAGUUGUAUUUCGAAAUUCUCAUUUAGUCAAUUCACUUCUAUGUGAAAUUGAUGAACAAGCAAGACUUAGUUCAAAAUCAAAUACAUUUCUUGAUUUAGGCACAAGUGGAAAUCUUGAACGUCAACUUCGAACAUUAAUUGAUUGUGUUGAUGAUUUUUCAACUGAUGCAAUGCGUUAUGUCAAUUAUCAAAAACAAGUUCAACGACAACAAAGUCGUCGUAAUCAACGUGAUUCAAAUCGUCGUAAUGAUGCCUAUGAUGAAGAUUUUGAUCGAAUGACAAAAGGUUAUACUCAAUCAAGACGUAAUGCAUUACUCAAUGCUUCACAAAUAAAUAAUCAAUGUGAUAAUAUCACACAAUUUGCAGCCCAAGGUUUAGCUAAAUUAUUUAUGGCACAAGCAGUUCAUGAGAAACAAUAA